GGCGAUAGUGUUGGCUCAACUGCCUUUCCGUCCGGUUGUGGAAUAUAGAUUGCCUGUGGAUUGCGUUUCGCUUCGGCCGUGUCGUCACACGUCAAUAGAGAGACUAAAGGACCAAAGAAAUCCGGUUUUCUUCUAGUGUCUCGGAAUUUUUGUAUGCACGCGUCGUCCGGGCGCAUGUUUUUUUUUAAUACUUUUGGAUAGUAGUUUUAUCGUUUGAUGAAGACGCGUUUUUUACCGAAAUCAUUGGAUGACUAAUAACCGUGCCUCAUACAUAUAUAUCGAGGAUUAUCAUCACGUAAACCCGUCAAAUUCUAUGGAGUUUUCGCUGUGUAAUCGCGCUGAGACUGCAGUUAGUGUUGAGCUGUGCGGUCAACUCUCGAAGCAGCCGUGUAUUUCGCCGUCGUCGUUGCUCCGCCAUGUGAUGUAUUUAUAGAAAUUCUCGGUUCCUUCCCGGCAUGUGCUCUCUAGAGGUAUGGUAAAUCGCUGCUGAAGACGGCAUUCACAACGACGGCGACGACUGAGUGUAGUUUCGAUGCGUGAAGAGAAACGGGGAAGAAGCAGGAGAGGUUAUCGUUUGCACGGCCAAUUUUGUAUUCGGAACGCGCAUUUUGGGUCCCCUCAGUAGAAUCCCAUUUGUGGAGAGUCGUUGCGAGGAAGAAAGUAGUUUCAGAGGGGUCAGUUAGUGAUGAUGUAUUAAUCGGCAGACCGGACGCAGACGAGUUUGUGUGCGAGCGAUUUGUUGUGGCCAGUCAAACAGUGAGCUGUUCUCAGUGGAGGUCCCGAGACCGAGAGUUAUCGUUUGUAUCGCUUCGCAGAAGCGGGUGCAGCGGGUGUUUAGUUGUGUCUAGCAGACAAGUGGAAAAGUGCGAAAAUUUUCCUCGAGAGGAAGCAAGUUUUUCCGAAGUGAAAUUGCUGCAAGGCAUCAAUGGGUGCAGAAGAUUAAUUUUAGACCCGCGAAAAAGAGGGUGUGGAUACAAAGCGAAGUGUAUCAGCUGUGCUGAACGAAGUGUGGAAAGGAGUUCGCAGCGUAAUUUUUUGAGGCUAAUCAAGCGCAGAGCAAAUCCCUUUGAACCAAGGUCAUCAAUCAAACCGGCGGAGAAAAAAAAUCGUGAAAUCAUAACCACAAGAAACCCAUAAUGAAAGCAAUAACAACAACAACAACAACAACAAGUGCAUAGUGAACCUACGAAAUUAAGAGAAAAAAAACCAAUCAUUAUUGUUGAGCGCACCGUAUCUCGAGCCAGACCACCUCGUGCGAUCGAACGUGAAAAAUAAUUGAUUAAUUGAAGACCAAGACUACCAUCAGGGCGUGCUGCGGAGCUGCUCCCUCGUCCACCAUGUGACGCGGAUCGCUGCUGUGCUGUGUCUGUGAGCGUGCGCGCGAGUGAGUCGAAAGAAUUGCACUACUCCCCCCCGGCGAUCCGAAUUCGAAGCAUGACGUCGACGACAACGACCAGCAGCUCGAGUGUUUCAGUUUGCGCCAACACCAACCGUGACGCUUCAUCGUCUACAACAACAUCGCCUUCGGUUCCAUGCACCAGCGAUGAAGAAAGCACCACCGAAUACUCAAUCGAUUCGCUGUCAUUGAAAACGACGGCGGCCGCAACCUGCCGAUCCAGCGACGACGGCGUUGCUGAAGAUGGCUACAAUACUCUUUUCACCAGGAAACUGUCCUCGGUGGAUUUGCUCAACAGCACUCCAAUCGAUUCGUUGGAAACCAGCAGCUUCUACGAGUACAGCGGAGGUCUGCUGAGUCCUGCCGUCUCUCUGCCGCCGCCGUCCAUUUCCAGCCACCCGAGCGACUCGAGCUACGGAUUCCAUAAUACCUAUGCCGUGCUGGAGCGUCAGCUGGUGAGCAAAGCAUCCGCCGCUCGGCAACUUCGCGAGUUCCUACAGUACAACGACCUCAACAAAACGCCAGUAUUCUGCGAUGCGUCUCCGUUGGUGAUGGCCCGCGACCAUAGUGCAAAUUAUCUAAGUAGUAUUAGCGAGGAGAGCGAAUCGUUGUCCUCGCGGCGUACGUCGUCCACCACUCAGCACCCGGAUGAUGAGGAUGAGGAGAAACCGAGUUUCCUGGAGCUGGAACUGGAAGCGUCCAGUCGGUUGAGGAAGAUUCGGGAGCGUCUUGGGGGUAGUUUGUUGUCGAUUGAUGGAGCUACUGGUGGCGAGGAGAAAACGGUGGAAUCACCGCUGGCGGAAGCACUGUACGGAAUCAGUGCGGAGAGUUUAGCAAGGGCAGCUGCCGGUCGGGUACAUCCCAAUCCGGACGUAUUCCUGGCGGCGGGAGGUUCAGAGGACGAUAAGAGCAGUCAAUCCGGAGAGUAUCCGGAGUAUAUCUAUCACGUGGCCAAGGGCAACGAUGGCCGGAUGUACUUAAAGGUGGUGCGGAGCUUACUGCUGGAUAAAGUCCUAUGCGGUAAUCGCGUAAGCCAAAUGACCCGCGCGUACGAUGACAUCGAUGCCGUAACGCGUCUGCUAGAGGAGAAAGAGAAGGACCUGGAGCUGACGGUGCAGAUCGGGAAGGAACUGCUGACGCAGAAUACGAGCUUGGAGAACCGGGUAGCCGAGCUGGAACAGGAGCUGAAGAGCACGAACGAGAACCUAGCGCAGCUCGCCCACGAGCUGCACCAGAAGAACGAGCUGAUUGGGAUACUGACCAACGAUACGGACGACAGCAGUGAGAAUGUUACACCUACGACGUCCAAAUCGGUGAACCUGGACCUACUGCAGCGAAAGGUCAAAUCGCUCGAGGAUGAAAACAAGUCACUGCGCUGCGAAGCCGCCCAGCUAGUGCUGGAAACCGAUGAAUGCGAGGAGCAGGAGCGCAAACUGAUGGCCGACAUUGCGCAUCAGCUGAGCACGACCAACAACGAGUUUGAUGGACUGAAUUUCGAGCUUGAAAGACUGAAGGAAGAGAACCGGCUCCAGCAUGAGCAAAUCAUCAGCCUCACUGGUCGGCUGUCGGAGGCCGAAAUUCGGCUGCAUCAGCUUACCACGGAGAACGAGGAAGCGUCCUCGCUGCUCAGUAUUACCAAAGAGAAUCAGAACCUGCUGGCCGGUGAGCUGGCGGAGUUCAAGGCACGGUAUCAGGAGGUCCUAAAUCUGCUGCACGACACGCAGGAGCAGUUGCGACGCCAAAGAAAACGUUCCCAGCCGAUGGCGAGGAGUUCACUGAUACCAGGAUUGAGCGUUCCGGCGCAGGAUUCACUCCAGUCGGAGUUGAUGGAAACAUCGCUGUACUCGGAGAACAGUUUGGAUUCCGGUAUUGCUUCGGAACGGGGAGGACCGUCCCAUCUACCGUCGUACAAAAAGGUCUUCGAGACGGUACGUUCCGCCACGCGGGCCAAUACGACCGGUUUCGGCGAUGGGUUCUCCCAGCUGGGAUCGAUGACGAUGAGUUCGUCAUCGCAGCCGCGGAUGGCUCCGUAUGUAUUCCCCGGUUCCGGAACUACCACUACGCACUCGUACAAGAGUGGUUCCUCUAUCUACAGCACAAUGUACGAAAGUUCCCUGGGUGGUCGCUCGUUUUCGCGUGAAAGUCUAGUUUCCGAAUCGGAGGAUGGUUACCCAGGACCAGCACAAGCCGGCAUUCCCGGCGCUCCUGGUGCCAAAGACCUCGAGGCAGCUCUGAAACGACUGACGCCAGCCGAAGUGCUGGCCCGCAGAGCAAUGCUGCAGCAUGCACCGGCAGGAACCUAUAGCUACGACGACCAGCCGAGUGGAAUACCACUGGGAUGUCGUACGCCGGACAGCAUCAUGUCUACCGGAUCGUCCGGUCUGUCCGGUAUGUCUUCUAACCAGUGGCGCCUUCCGGAGAAGCUGCAGAUCGUCAAACCGAUCGAGGGAUCCCAAACUUUGCACCACUGGUCUCGCCUGGCAACUCCCACGCUCAGUGGAUUGCUGGAGGAACGUCCCGGCGUGACGAUCCGCGGUGGACGCGGACUGGAAGAUCUUGGCCUACAGACCUACUCCCUAUCGGAUGUAGAGGAAGACGCCGAAGAGCAUCCGGGCAAGCGCUUCCAAACGUUCGGUUGCACCUACACCUACACCAACAGUACCGUACUGCAUCCGGAUGACGGUACCACGGCGGUCACGUUUAGCCUUCCACCAUCGCAAAUGUCCUCGCAGAUGGCAUCCGAGUGUCCAUCGCGACAACCAUCGGCCCCAUCCACCCCACGAUCCGGCCUGUCGCGGAGGAACUCCUGUUCGACGUUCUCCGUCAAUCUGGGACUGGCUUCGAUGCUGAACGAGCGCGGAAUCAAGGCAGUGACGCCCAGCGCCCUGAACACCCCGGCCGGUCCCAACUUCUCGCCCACGGUUACGCCGUGCAACAGUCCCGAGGGCUCCCCAGCUCGCUCAGUGUCCCCAGAACCCCCGCUACUAUCCGGGCUGCUUUCCUCCGGUGCCGAUAUCCUGCGUAAGAAGUUUGCCGUCGCGUCUUCCUCGAGCGAAAAGGAACGGCCGUCUCGCUUGACGGCCCGCAACAUGCUUGCCCUGUCGCGCUUGGAGAAGAAGGCCCUCCGCUCGAUCAAGAUCAUGGAGAAGGUCGAGAGCAUGGGAGUGGACAACUUUAUGCACCACACCGGCCAUGGAAUCAGCCCACUGGCAUUGCACAGUUCCUCGGCACUGUACACGUCGACGGGUCGGGGUCGCACGUCGAGCCCGAUGGCACAGCUGACCAGCCUGAAGCACCUGCAGGAUGGACGCAUGAAGCACCAAAAACACCAGGAUGGACUGUUGAUCGACAAGGAAACUAUCAAGGCAGUUCUCAGCAAGGGAUUGUCGCACGAUAGCCUAAAGAAUAUAUCUUCCGGAUCGAGUGACGCUUCCGGAUCGUCGUCUUCGGUAGCUUCCGGAGCAUACGCCGAUAGCGACAGUGGGAAUUCUUCGGUGAGCGGAGCGAAACCAGCUGCCUCCGCUCGGAAGGUGGCCGACAAGUCGGAAGCUACGCCUUCCGCGGCAACGGCCGCCCGUCUAAAGCAGAUGCAACGACAAAAGAGCCGACGGAAUCUGCUCAACGGCACUAACGGGUCGCAGCGGCCCGACCUGGGUACGGUGCAUGGAUCCGGUAGGCCCGCCGGCAUGCGGCCCGAUCUCGGUACGGUAGGUGGUAGUGGUAGCAAUAAGUCUAAGAGCAAUAGCAACAAGAACGAGACGGCCGCUCCGGCACCGGUUCCGGAGCCGAGCCGCUCGCUAGGACAGAGUGUGUACGGUACGAUCAGUUCGCUACUGUUUGGACGCAAGGGAGGACUCCUGUAAGAGAGCAUCGAAGUUUAUGGUUUUUGUGGUGGAAAGCGUGUUUUAAAAAUUAUUCUCAUUUUUACGGCGCUAGAAAAAAAAAUGUCAUUCGAUCUGUCCAUCCAUUAUUAUUUUUUUCCGCACGCACAACUUUCUGUAAUAAUGACACAUUUACGAGGUAGUAAAUGAACGAUUAAUUUCUUCAAAACUUUUUUUUUUCAAACCAUAUGAAAGUUGUCAAUUUUUCUAACCUCACUUUUUCCUUCGGAGUUUGUUUGGAUAUCAAAAGUGAGGUUAGGUUGUAACCAACUCAAAUCGCUCAUUCUCCGGAUGGUAUGUCUUCUUGAUGCUCCCGGACUGCCGAAUCAACCAAAAUCAGUAUCAUCGACUAACGAAAUAGUAGAAAGGAAGUAGCAUUACAAUUUUUUUUACAUAAGUCGUAGGAACAAAUUUAGAAUUUAGUCGAGGGAAUUAUUCGUUUUUUUAUUCUAGCAAAAUACACAUAAGUGGUGCGCACAGACAAAUACAGACACAAACACACGUACACAUUCCAGUGGCACACGGUCAUUUCUUUUUUCUUUUCUUAGAUAAGGGUAGGUUUAUUCUCCCCUACUGAAAUUUUUGCGGUGACUCUCUCUCUCUCUGGCUACUUCAAUUAAUCAUUUUAGUUGCAUUUCCGCUUAGCUGCCGAUUAUCUUUUUUUUUACAACGAAAAUUUCUUGCCACCGCGUCUCACUACCAAACAAUGCAUUUCCGAGAUUGAGCGAUUUGUGGGUUACAUUUUAUGCAUGAGUCAUUCGAUAUUUUCCCUGCAAUUAUGUUGGUAAACGAUCAUCUUUCGAUAAGAAAAAUCAUCUUAAAAGUAGCAACCGAACAAUAGUCUUUUCAUAAUUUCCAAAUUUCAUUCAUUAACAAUAAUCAGAUCCCUAAAUUUAGGUACCUAUAAACAACACGGAAAAGUAAAAAAAAAAGCAAAACCUUGUUGUCCAAAAUCCUUUUCCUCAAUAUGGAUAUUUUAAAAGUCACUUCUUCACAGGUGUCACAGUUCCGUCUAUUCUGCGUGGCCAGUGACUCUCUAGUGGUGUGACAAAAGUUGCUAAUCAAAAGUGGAUAUUCACGUUACACGACGUAACAUUUGCCACCACAUUAGUGACACAGAGUCACUCGACUCGCAGAAUAGGGGAAAUCGUAUUAAAUAGAGCUGUUAAUCCAGAACAAUAGUUAAGGUUAUGUACAUGGUUUCUAUUGUGUCAGAAGUGCUCUUGCCAUCCCUAUUCUUACUUGACAGCAAGAGAAGGGAUGACACAAAAUAUUAUAAUGCAAAACGGCAUUUGGUGUAGGGCCACUAGGCCGAAAGUCAUUAGGCCGAAUGGGUCAUAGGACAAAUAAGAAUCGUUUUAAUAGUACUCAAACUUCUUACAAACUCAAUCGUUCAAGCUCAAAAUGGUACCUAUGGUACCUAUAUUUGAUCCACCAGCAGACAAAAUUCCAGCAAUUUUGAUACACAUACUCGGAGAGGCAAAAAAUACGGUGAUUACUUUAUUAUUGCCAGUACUGUAAGGGUUAAGAAUUGUUUUAAGGGGCUUGAGGAUUGGAAAAAUAUGAGAUCUCGCCAGUAGGAACAGCUGAGGAAUUGUUGUUCUAUGAUUUUUCAUAGCAUAUUUCUCCUUCUUUGAAACAUAAGCAGUUCUCUCGAGAAUCUAAAUUUUCAUAUGAAAACAUUUCAAGUACAAGGUUUUUCAUAGCAGAUUUUUCCUUCAUUGAAACAUGAGCAUUUAUUUCGAGGCAUAUUGUAUCAAUAAUGUUUGAUCUAUGCAUCCAAUGGUCUAUGGUCUAUGAUGUAGCUGCUCAUUCUUUUCAUAAACCAGAUUAAAGGUGAAUCACUUUCAAACUUUCGGCCUUGUGACCCAUCACCCGCCAUUUAUGUAUUUGUGUCAAAUGGGCAUUAUGCUAAACUUCCUUUGCUUUGAACUCCUUGCAUAGAUCAGGACACUUUCGUUUCGACUUCCCCCGUUAUUUCGACAGUGAGUAUGCAUAAGGGCCUAACUGCGAUGGUCGAUUCUCUUCAUCGGUUUUCGCUUUAAAUUGCUACAGCUAAGGGAAGCAAUAACAAACGCACAGAGAAAAGUUAAUCCAAGCGAGUUAAUAACAAAAGAGAAAAUCGACGAAGAGAAUCGAUCAUCGCAGGUACACCAUAAUACAUGCUCACUGUCGAUUUCUCCUUCUGGUCGAAGUUGAUGGUGAAUGCCUUCCUUCCUAUGGCCGUUCAGGUUACGAUUGCAAAUCAAGUCCGUCUUCCACCAGGUUCAUGAAGCCGACUUGCGAUCACAACUUAAUGGAAUAACAUGCUGCUAUCAAUCACCUGGCUGGUUCCCUCGCCGGAUUGGAAAUCAACCCAAACAAUGGCAGAAGUCCAAUGUAACAUUGAUCGAUUUUCUCUUUGAAUCACUACGGCCGUGUUUACAAAUUUCCGGCUAAUUUCGACACACAGAGAAGCUAUUAUACAGCAUCUGAUAUGACAAGUACGGCAGGAAACGUAUUUGUACCUGAGUUAUUAAUUGAAGAGAAUCGAUAAAUCUAGAUGAACAUUUCAGAAAGUUCUAUUUGCACUGAUUGAUUCUCUUCGUCAACUUUUCUCAUUCGUUAAUAACUCAACUGCAACCACAUUCCCUGUUGUGUUUAGCGUUUUGGACGCUAGAGAAGAACCUUCUUUAUCAAACUAGGGUAACGAUGCUCUGAAACUCUCAAGCAAAAAAAUGGACGCCCAGGACUUUAUUAACCCUUUGACGAUCAUAGGUUAAAGGUAUUGUCGAAGCACAAUCUUUAAAAUCUUCUACAGGUUUUUACAGUACUGUAUUACUGUAAAAAAAUCGAAAAAUAGUCUUACUUAAGUGUAAGAUACAAAGGGAAAAUCGAUGAGAAGAGCUCAUUAAAACUUGGAACCCUACGCGAACCUAAAGGAGGAACUUACUUAUUGCUUAUUACUGUUCAAAAACAAACCAUUGUUAACAAUUUCACAUCUAUGAUAACAGCUACUUGUUGAUAAUACCAGCAAAAAUAUGAUUCGUAUCGACCAGUUUCAAGCCAGUCAACUUGAAAAUUCUGGGAUCACAUCUUGAUAUUUGCUGUGUAUCAGCAUUACUGGAAUCCACCAUUAUAUUCGGCAUUAGAUGUAAAUGAAAUGUUUUGUUGUAACUUUUAUACAACUAUGUAUUGAGUUUUUUAGAAGUUGCAAUAGCGUUUCAUAGCAGCUUUAGUCGGUCGUAUUUCUUAGUUUCCUACGUAAGCCUCUAUCCAGAAGCAUCACAAGCAAUGCCGAAGUGACUUUUAAAAAUGCAAUCCAUCAUGUUACACUGAAAAAAGUUUUCACUUUGUACUUCACUACUUUAUUUGAAUUCCACAUCAUAUUCAUGUCAUAAGAUAAUAAAUCUUUUGCCUGUAACCAAACCUGUUAACAAACCCAUUUCAUCCCUUCUGAAAAAAAUCACCCCAUCACGAUCGCAUCGCUUUUCAAUGGAUCCGUUAAAAAGCAUGUCACACUGUAAGGUGGAUGUUAAUUGUCACCAGUUCCGGGCCUUUCCGUGAAAGACCCGUGUCAACGGUCAGCGUGACAAUUACAAGAGAAACUACUCCUCCAACCAAAAUUUUUUCCGUGUGCCGGUUUCCGAUUUAGCUCGCUCCCAGCAUAGUCAUAUCUUCAUCAUUACCGUUCGCGAGAAGCUUGUUCCUUAUUAUUAUUUAUCUUACUUUUCUUUCGCGAGAAAAUAGCUUUAAGAUACUCUAUUUUCCAACAACAAAAUUGUUAUAGUUAGGGUGUAGUACUACUUCGGCAUAUGGGACCCAUUUCCGGCAUACGCGUCAAAAAUUAAUGCAACAAAUUCUUUGCUCACAAGCUAAAUUACGCAGACUGAUUUAAGGGGGGUGUGCCUAGGUGAAGUGAGGCAUGUCGAAAUGGUGCCGCACCCUUUUCAAUUUAUUAUGCACUGGACGGAAACCGCUUUCUAUAAUUCAUUUCUAAUUGCGUUAAUUCAUCAUCGAAAUGUCUGAAUCAGUUGUGAAAAGUAGACUGCUUGAAACCGAGACUGUAGCUUUAAAUGAUUGUUUGCCUCAAUUGCCAAGUAUUUCUGACCGAUUGUCAAGUUUUCCAACUCGUCAAGAAAAGGUCAAGUGGCAUUCUAUGCCCACUUUGAUUUUGUUAUUUGUAAUAUAUUUGCCUCAUCAUCAUCCUCACCAUGUUGAAUAGAUUCAUUCCACGCCAAAUGCUAAAAAAGUGGUGCUCUUUGAAUUCUUUAUAAAAAGUUGUGGUACUAUUUUGUCCUCCCACCAUUCGGGUACACUGAUAAAUGGAUCGGAACGUAUACAAGCGAAGAGAGUGUCUUGAAACCGAAACGAUUAAUCGUCGGUAGAAAAAAAAACGUGUGUAAAUUACAUAAACAAAACAAAAAAUGGUUUAAAUGUACAUAGAAGAGAUACUAAAAUAUUAAAAGAAAGCAGAAAAAACAUCUAAAAAACACAAAAAAAAACUACGAAAAAGCGCAGUUGUAGAUAAUUAUUUAACUAGUUAAAUUUAACAUGAUACCUUAUAAAAUAGCAGAUGAAACAGUAAUAAAACAAACAAGUAGCGUAACGCAGCAGUAAGUAUUUAUUUUUAUACGAAACAACCAAACCGCGCCUAUAAGACAAGACACCGUGCCGAAGGCUAACUAGUUGCAACCUACGCUCCCACUUUGUUUGUAUUGAAGAAGCAAACACGAGCAAAGCUUCCUAAGUGCGCAAAAACCGCAAACUACUAUUACUUGUACUCAACUUUGUACCCUAACUAACACACUUACACUCACAAGGAGCCAAUAUUUUAUUGAAUACACGACACACACACACACACACACACACCAACCAUUCGUUGGUCGUGCUACUAAAUAGAGGCCAAGUAGUGUUUGUUUGUUUUAUUUGUAUUAGCCUAUUUCCUCCAACUUUACAAUAGUUGCACACACACACACACACACGUAAACUUAGUGACAGAACGCCCCAAAAACCUAAACAAAAUGAUAAACUAAAAAAUUACACGGAAAUAGAAACAGAGCAAAACUUGUUGCAUCACGGAAAAAAUUUAAAAAAAAAAACUACAACGCGAAAGGACAUACGUUACGUUACGUUGCGUUAGGUUAUGAUUGAGGUUAUGCAGAUGCAGACCGCGUGCACAAAACAAUAGUAAACAGCACCAAGACGAGGGUUACGUGAAUCGUUUUCGAACGAACUAAAAUUUACUUAGCGGAAACAGAAUAUCUGUGAAGGAUAGAUUGAUUACCACCAGCUGGAUCGGAAAUAUCCGAGCGUGGUAAACGAUAGUGUUGGUUGAUAACUGUAUUACUAGGAUGUUAAAAUGAUGAAUGCCAGAAAUAUUUUUUUCUGCAGGAAGAAUUAUGAAGAGAAACAAUAAAAUUUAUUAUUGAA